AUGACAAUCAUAUCAACUGGCUACAGUGUUACAUCCUUAUCACCCAACGAUUCAGCGUUGUCAUUAUCAAUUACAGGCAAACAUGAUGAAAAUGUGCCUCCCCUUACGAUAUCAGCCAACCCUUCUCUAAUGAAGACAGGAAUUGUCUUGAAUAAAUUCAAAGAAACAAUGCAAAUUCCUCCAGUUGGACGCAAAAACAUUUUGACUGAUGAACAAAGGGAGCAAAUAAAUGCAAGGAGGCGGGCUUCUUAUCGGAAGAAAAGAGAUAUGCUAAUCCCAACUGAAAAACUGACUGCCCAUACUCAGACAAGCAAAUCAAAGCUGCGUCUUUGGGACAGUAGACAAACUGCAUCUCUGAGACUAUCGAUACUGCGUAAUUGUCUGCAAUGUGAUAACAACUCUGAUUUCUUUCAACUGCAGAAAUGUAAGGAAGAUGAUAGGAUCAGCAAGUUGCCCAAUGACAUACUGGUCAACAUUCUUGACCGCCUCGAUUUCCGUGAUGUUACAAGAACAAGUGUCCUCUCCAGACGUUUGAGUCAGCUUCCUGCCAAUCUCUCACGGCUUCAAAUAAGUGCUUGCGAUUUUCUGUCCCCACAAACUAGCAUAUCUGAUGAUAAAUUGGACAGAAAAUUGGUUCGGACCAAUGCAUUGCGUAGGAUCAAUGCAGUCAAUGCAGCCAAUGCAGCUGUGGUCAAAGCAACAAAGAGCAUGCUGGCACACAGGGAUCCAGGUGGAUGCACCAUCCGCCUCUUGAGCACGACGUUCUACUUGAGAGGUGAUACCCCCAUAUCCAUUGGGCAUACUGUUGGCAAUGCCAUGGCGACACUCAAGGUCGAGAAAGCCGAAUUCUCUGUUUUGACAGAAAAGGAAGAGUGCGAGAUUGAUGAUCUGGUGAACUACGGGACACGGUUUGUGUCAUUUUUUAAUGAAUGUCACAAUGCAUUUGCUGGUCUCACACGCCUCUACCUGGAGAAUUUGAGAUUCCGUGAAUCUGACUUUGUCUCCAACAUCCUUGUCACUUGCAAGCAAUUAAAUUAUUUAGGUUUUUUCAAUUGUGACACAGAGGAUUGGAUAACUCUCGAAGUUGAACACGCACAGCUCAGUGACCUCAGUAUUGUCAAUUGCUGUUUUGACAUGGUCAAACUCACCUGGGUUCCGAAGCUCACAUGGCUGGCGCUUGAGAUUGUGGGAUCUCCGCAAGAGCCACCACUGGUGCUGGGCUAUGUCCCAUUGCUUGGGGUUCUGAGACUCUUAAAUAUUACUCGCAAAAUGGUCAAGUUGAGUACGUUUCUUCGUGAGACCUCUGUUCAAGACCUAACAUUGGGGUUUAAAUGCGAAAAGAUUUGGGUUCAACCAGAGUGUUUGACCAGAAGGCAGGCAUAUGUGUUCCAGCAACUAAGGUUUCUCAAUCUCGAUAAAAUUCCUGAAGGGUAUGAUCUCACCUGGACAAUGUUCUUUUUGGAAGCGGCGCCGUCCCUGGAAGAGCUCUACAUGAUGGUAUGUUCUUAUAGCUAA